AUGGAGCGGUACAGCGCUCUGGGCAUGCGGCUGGACGGCGGGGGCGGCGAUCUGCCGCCGGGGUUCCGCUUCCACCCGACGGACGAGGAGCUCAUCACCUACUACCUCCUCCGCAAGGUGGUGGACUGCGGCUUCUCCGGCGCCCGCGCCAUCGCCGAGAUCGACCUCAACAAGUGCGAGCCGUGGGAGCUGCCGGACAAGGCCUGCAAGACCACCACGGAGAAGGAGUGGUACUUCUACAGCCUCCGCGACCGCAAGUACCCCACGGGCCUGCGCACCAACCGCGCCACCGGCGCCGGCUACUGGAAGGCCACCGGCAAGGACCGCGAGAUCCGCAGCGCCCGCAACGGCGCGCUCGUCGGCAUGAAGAAGACGCUCGUCUUCUACCGCGGCCGCGCCCCCAAGGGCCAGAAGACCCAGUGGGUCAUGCACGAGUUCCGCCUCGAGGGCGUCUACGCCUACCACUUCCUGCCCAACAACACCACAAGGGAUGAGUGGGUGAUCGCGAAGAUCUUCGUGAAGCCAGGCGCGGUGCCCCCCUCCCGCAAGGCUCGCUACGGACUCAGCAGCGCAGGCGACACGUCGUGCUUCUCCGACUCCACCUCCGUCUCCAUCGGCGGCGGGGGCGGCGCCUCCGCCUCGUCCGCGCCGCGCCAGCACCUCCCGGAUACCAGCUCGCUGUUGGCCGCGGCGCAAGCCGCCGCUGACGGCGAGAGCAGCUCCUACGGCGCCACCGCCAACAACAACAACGCGGCCGGCAACUGCCGUGAGCUCGUGCCCUGCUUCUCCACCGCCCACAUGGAUGCCACCCUCCUCGGCAUCGGGCAGUACGAACCGGCUACGCUCGCCGUCGAGCAGCCGUUGGCCUUCUUCCAGGCCCCCCGCCUGGUGCAGGCGGCGGACAACCUCAGCCUGCCGAUGUUCCUCCCAGGCGGCCUGCAGUCCGGCGUCUCCCUGCUCGGCAUCGGCGGAGGGGCCUUCCAGCACUGGCCGUCCUCCGGCUACGAGAUCAAGCUGGAGGGCAGCCGCGCGCCGCCGCAGAUGGCCGUGGGCCCUGGCCAGCUUGACGGCGCCUACGGCUGGGGCUUCUAG